AUGUCGUCCGACGAUGACAGCGACCAGAAGGAAGGUAAUAAAUCCCGCGCGAACUUAGCGGAAGAUGAAGCAUUAGACUGGCUUAAGCCACGCACGCUCAUAAAACCUGACGAUCAAGAAGAUGUUCCUGAGGCGGAUCUUGAAGAGGAGGUUGGGCGUGUUCUCACUACUAUCAACCCUCAAUGGGUGGCGGAUGAAGUAGCCUAUCAUUAUGGACAGGGAAAAUUUGUACUUAAGCCAAAACCGACAUUUGGAAAGGCGUAUCCUUUGUACAUAUACCAAGGAACAGCCAUACGGAAGGACUCUGAAGAAGCGAAGGCGCAAAUAGCUGCUGGUUAUGGAAUGGUCGGCUUCGACGAUGCUGGUCCCAAGCGAGCCAAAGUGAAGAAAUCUGCGGCUGAAGAAGAAGAGGAAGAAGAACCAGAACCCGAGCCUGCAGCACCAGCAGAGGAGGCUAAGGGAGAAGAGGAUGCAGUUCAAGAAGAAGAGAAGCCAGCGGCACCUGAAGAAGUGGAAGCGCCAGUUGAUGAAGCGGCUGUUGGUGAAGAGGCUGAGGUGGGAGAGGAGGGUGGGGAAGAAGCCGCGCCGGAAGAGAAAGGAGAAGAACCUCUCAUCGAAGAAGUGAUUACAAUAAAGCCCCGGGUCAAGAAAUUGGCUAACCAGUUCAACUUCUGCGAAAGAGCUGCCCUGACAUACAAUAACCCGAGAAGAUCCGUGGACACACAAACGAUACCACCGCCGAGAGCGAACUAUGGAUCAACUUGUCUGCAGUCUAUCAUCUUUGAUUUCUACCAAGAAGACUACGCUCGAAAGAUGAAAGAAAAAGAAGACGAGAAGCCUAAAAGGCUGCGCAAAAAAGCAGCGAAACAUGCGAAAUCAGCGCAACAAAUUCACGACGAACAACUGGCGCAAAGAAUACGGGAGGCUUGGACCAUUCUCGAGAGACUCGUCAAUCAGAACAUUUAUGAUGAUAUUGCCCAAGACUACCGAUACUGGGACGAUCCGUCCGACGAAUUCCGCGAAGGCAUGGGCUCCUUACUACCGCUAUGGAAGUUCCAAUUCGAACCCAUGAGGAGUCAUGCGGUGUGUGAGGUUCAAUGGAACCCACACUAUCAGGAUCUGUUUGCUGUUGCUUAUGGAUCUUUGGAUUUUACACAACAGCAAAAGAACGGAUGUCUCUGCCUAUACAGUAUAAAGAAUCCAGCGUACCCAGAGUACGCAGUUAUAACUGAAUCGCCAAUAAUUUGCUUAGACGUCUAUCACGAGACUCCGUAUCUUAUAUGUGUUGGCAGGUACGAUGGUAAUGUAUGCGUGUAUAACGCUCAACUCACACUGGAAUCUUCCUACCAGUAUAAAUCAGAUUCUGUGAGAGACAAACACAGCAAUAUUGUUUGGGAGAUACGCUGGGGCGCUCGUCUAAUAGAUGGCGAAGCAUCAUUCUUCUCAAUAUCCGGGGAUGGUCGUGUAGUCCAAUGGGCAGUAAUGCCAGGCGAGUUACAAGCCACGACAAUAAUAACGUUGCAGUCCAGUGUGCCGCCCAUACCGGGGCCGGAUGGCACUUUGCUCACUGUUAAUAGUUGCGGCAGUUGCAUCUGCUUCCACCCGGAAAAGGCGGAUAUUUUCAUGGUGGGCACAGAGGAUGGUAUGAUCCACACUUGUUCGCUCAAGUACAAUCGUAACUACGUGCGUUCAGUACAAGGCCACCAUAUGCCGGUGUACAGGAUACAUUAUAAUUACUUCAAUAAUAGUAUUUAUGCGUCCUGCUCGGGUGACUGGAGGGUUAAGAUAUGGGAGGAUGGACGGGACGAGCCCUUAUUCAUGUUCGAGCUGGGCUCACCCGUUGGUGACGUGAAAUGGGCACCAUACUCUAGCACAGUCUUUGCGGCUUGUACCGCUGAUGGAAAGGUCUACGUAUACGAUUUGAAUGUGAACAAAUACCGGCCGAUUUGUGUACAAGCGGUCGUUUCUAAGAAGACCAAAAAGUUGACGAGAAUUGACUUCAAUGCACGGCUUCCGGUUCUAGUGUGUGGAGAUACCAAGGGAACUUGUCACGUGGUGAAACUUUCUCCAAAUUUAAGGGUUAUGUGCAAACCACCUAAAAAGGCUCAGGGCGUUGACCAACGAACUCUACAGAUAAUGAAACUAGACAAACUGCUGAGUUUGGUUCGCGACCCGCCCUUCCAAACUGGUGUAGUCGACGAAAAAUUCGAUGAUGACUGAUUACUAUUAAUAAUUCCUAGUGUUAUUUAGUUUUAAUGUUAUAUUAUUAUAAUAAAUAAAAGAACA